AUGCACCUGUCAAGUUGGUCACGGCAGGUGGAUGCCACUCUCGCCAAGUCAACCUUGAAUCAUGCACAUGGAAGCCAUGCCACCAACCAAUGUGCCAAGGAUUCUGAAGCAACGUUGUCCUCGGUCGAUUCACGCUCACCGCUGAGGCAGCAGGCCCAGGUCUGCAGCGGUGGCCAAAGGCUCCGCAGCUCAUUUUCACAGCGAUACGGGGCAAGGGUGUCCGAUUCCAGCGUUUCGUUGGUACAGUGA